GAACUUGCAGCGGCUCGUGAGAUCCUCAGCCGUGCAAAUCAGUACGGAAUCUCAUCCAAAGCAAGCAUGGAGAGUGCUGGCUCAAUGAACGAUUCGUGCAAGCGACUUCGAGACCAUGCCCAGCCAGAGGCUGAUGAGUGGGAGCCUGUGACCUACGAAGAAGGUCAUGGAUCUUCCAUCAUGUGUGAGCGUGCAAUCCCGAAGGAAAUUGCCAGUCAGAUGCCCGUGAUGCCCAAGGCUAAGGCCAUCGAUCUUCCUCCUGGAGUGACCGAUCUCCAGGACUGGGGUUCAACGAUCUGUGCAUUGCCCAAGGUGGCAGGUGAGAAGCUAUCUUACCGUGAGCUGGUGAGUGACCCCAAGCGUGCUCCUUAUCUGAAGUGGAUCUGUGAUCACGGAAAGAAUCGGGGCGGCCGAUUCGAAGAUCUGGCCAAGUAUUUGCAGGCAGUGGGAUUUGAGCAGAAGACUGAGAGCACUUGUUACCCCGGAACCACAGAAGCCCGUGAGAAGAAGAAGUGA